UGAUAUGGAGGGGUUUUCACUGUUUUAUUCUGCACUUGGACUUCCAAGUCAUAAUAUUUUUUUCCCUCUAGUGACAGAGAUUUAUUAACUUAGAGAAUACUCAAGAAAGCAUAAAUAAAGCUAUUAGCAAUAUCAGAGUGUAGAUUUUCAUCUUAAGAUGUUAGCCAGGUAACAGUACAGGUGAGCCCUGCUCCUGUGAACCUGUUGUUUGAUGUGUCCUAGUGAAUUCUUAGUGCUCACAGUUCAGUGUCAAGGGUGCUAUUUUAUGAAGUGAGGAUAAUAGCAUUUUUUUUAAAGACCCAAAUGGCUUCCUUUCAGUACUUCCUUCCUUGUGGAGGCAGUGGUUGUGCAGCCUUUAGAAUCAAAUAAAUCUCUUAGAACCCUAACUCUACUCCUCACUAAAGUGUAACCUUGGCAAUUUAACCAUUUAAUUUCUUUAUUUGCAAAAUGAAGGUAUGAAUCCAGUCUGUUAAUAGUCAGGAUUCUCCAGAGAAACAAUAGGGUAUGUAUGUAUACAAAUAUAUGGAUUUAUUAUAAGGAAUUGGGUAAUGUGAUUAUGGAGACGGAGAAGUCCUAAGAUGCUGGAGACCCAGGAGAGCUGAUAUGUAGUUCCAGUCUAACCUGUGAACCAGCAGAGCCCAUGGGGUAAAUUCCAGUCUGAAAGCUGACAGGGUCCAGACCUAAGACGAGCUGAUGUUUUUCAGCCCCAGUCCAAAGGCUGGAAAGGACCAGUGUCUCAGCUCAAGCAGUCAUGCAGGGCGAGUUCCCUCUUACUCAGCUUUUUUCAUUCUAUUCAGGUCUUCAAUUGAUUGGAUGAGGCCCUCCCACUGCUACUUUACUCUCUCCACCGAUUCAAAUGGGUCGAGUGGUGGAAAAUAUCUCAAAGCGAUGUGGUGGAUUCCUGAGAAAGCUCAGCUUGCGAGGCUGCAUUGGUGUUGGGGAUUCCUCCUUGAAGACCUUUGCACAGAACUGCCGAAACAUUGAACAUUUAAACCUCAAUGGGUGCACCAAAAUCACUGACAGCACGUGUUAUAGCCUUAGCAGAUUCUGUUCCAAGCUGAAACAUCUGGAUCUGACCUCCUGUGUGUCCAUUACAAACAGCUCCUUAAAGGGGAUCAGUGAGGGCUGCCGAAACCUGGAGUACCUGAACCUCUCUUGGUGUGACCAGAUCACAAAGGAUGGCAUUGAGGCACUGGUGCGAGGCUGUCGAGGCCUGAAAGCCCUGCUCCUGAGGGGCUGCACACAGUUAGAAGAUGAAGCUCUGAAACACAUUCAGAAUUACUGCCAUGAGCUUGUGAGCCUCAACUUACAGUCCUGCUCACACAUUACAGAUGAAGGCGUGGUGCAGAUAUGCAGGGGCUGCCAUCGGCUACAGGCUCUGUGCCUUUCUGGCUGCAGCAACCUCACAGACGCCUCCCUCACAGCCCUGGCUUUGAACUGCCCGAGACUUCAGAUUUUGGAGGCUGCGCGGUGUUCCCAUUUGACUGAUGCAGGCUUUACACUUUUAGCUCGGAAUUGCCAUGACCUGGAGAAGAUGGAUCUUGAAGAAUGCAUCCUGAUCACCGACAGCACACUCAUCCAGCUCUCCGUCCACUGUCCUAAACUGCAAGCCCUGAGUCUGUCCCACUGUGAGCUCAUCACAGAUGACGGGAUCCUGCACCUGAGCAACAGCACCUGCGGUCACGAGAGGCUGCAGGUUCUGGAAUUGGACAACUGCCUCCUCAUCACCGACGUGGCCCUGGAGCACCUGGAGAACUGCCGCGGCCUGGAGCGCCUCGAGCUGUACGACUGCCAGCAGGUUACCCGCGCGGGCAUCAAGCGGAUGCGGGCUCAACUCCCUCAUGUCAAAGUCCAUGCCUACUUUGCUCCUGUCACCCCCCCGACAGCAGUGGGAGGAAGUGGACAGCGACUGUGCAGGUGUUGUGUCAUUCUCUGACGGCGGCUGCCUGAGCCCAAGGCACGAUGAGGUGUCCCUUCCUCCAGAGAAGACCUGAGUCUUCCUGACCUGCUCCACCUUCACCCAAAUCUCUUGGUUCUCCAUCGGGAAAGACAUUUACAGGUAAAAGAAUGCAGUAGGGACUGCAGUAACUCUGGUGAUAGUUUUCACCUUUAAUCUGCUACGAUGCAAUUGAAUCAAAGCCUUGUGUCUGCCAACACCCGGCAAGAGUGGUCUCAGCGCAGCCUGGACCAUGCAGGAGACCUGGAUCUCUUAAGAGGUGGGUGCCUUCUUAGGUACCAAAGUCCUGCUGUUGGCGUUGUCAGCAUUCCUCAAACAGCCCAUCAGUGUUAGCACAAAUCGAGCAGAAAGAGUAAGCUGUUGAUUUUCUACCUGAUUCUUAAGCCAGUGGCCUGCUUUAAUUCACACUGAUUUCAUUUUGAUUAGCAGGACUUUUCCACUUUGAAGAUGAAAUAGCAACUUUCUCAAAGUGACCUGUACUGCAAAUUCGUGAUGCCUGAGAGUUUUAUACGUAGACACUUAGGUGGGAGGCAAGUUAGGUUUCCAUGAGACACCAAAGAAAUGAGGACUCUGAACUGGGUGGAGCAGGGUCUUCACCUUUCUGUUUCUGUCAACUUGUCAUAUACACUUCCGGGGACCAAAAGCUAAACAAACACAACUCAGAGUCUGUGUGGCCAGACUGCAAAUAAGCUGUGGCAGGCGCUACAGCACAGAGUGCAUUUUUGUUCUAGGAGAAAAGCUAAUCAUGUCAUCUCUCACAAAAUUUGGGGGACCUUAAACAGAAUUAAGGCUUAAGUUAUCUACAAUAUAUAUAAUCAAUUAAAAAUAAUGAAUGGA